AUGGACGCGAAAGAAGACGCGGCAGAGGAUGAAGCUUCCGUUACGCGUUUACGGACGAAGGAUGACUCUUCUGGUGGUGCCUUUUGCGGCGACGAGGAGGAGGAGGAGAAAGAAAGGCGGCGGCGGGUUGUUGGGUCAUCGUCAUCGAAACAAAAAGGAGACGUGAAUGAUGCGAUUAAUGUUGAAUCUCGUUUUGGCGAGGGGGUGUCGUCUUUAUCGUCGAAAGGGAACGGCGCGCUGACCACCGCGAAGAGGAAGGGGGAGGACGAGGAAGAAUACGGAGACGAGGAGGAGAGAAGAAAAAUUAUGCCGUACAGACCGACGUAUGGCGUUGGAAAAGAAGAAGGGGAACUUUUGGGAAAAAAAGAGGAUCUGGAGGAAGAAGACCAAGAAGAAGAAAAGUUCGCGUCCAUGGAGGAGAAGUUUACGAACGAGGAGUGGUGGGACUCGACGACGAUGCGAGACGAGAACGCGGGCGAGUUUAUCGUGAACAUCGAAGGAGACGACGAAGAGACGAAAUUAUCGCCGGAAGAAGUUGUGUACGAAGAAGAUGAAGAUUGGUUCAACAGACCGGUGGACGAAGACUCGAUCACCGGCAUUCGUUUACCCGUGGUCGUACAAAACGUGUCGUACAAAGUAAAGCAUAGAACGAAGAAGAACGAGAUGAUUAAAUUAUUAAACGAAGUAUCCGUGGUGUUCCAACCGUGUCGAGUGACUGCGCUCAUGGGCCCAAGUGGUGCUGGGAAGACGACUUUGUUGGAUGUCAUCGCCGGAAGGAAGACGCAAGGAACGUUAGAAGGAAAGAUUUUCGUCGGCGAGAAGAAAUCGAGCUCGAAAGUUUUGAAGAGUUGCGCGGCGUACGUCGAGCAGUUCGAUAACUUAUUACCGACGCUAACUGUGAGAGAAACGUUAUUAUACGCGGCCGAAUUGAAACGACCGAACGUGAAGGAUAAGUCGCAAGCCGCGCUCGCCGCGGAGCAGAGAGUCAAAGACGUGGACAAGUUACUCGAUACUUUGCAGUUGCGUUCGUGCGAACACACGGUCGUGGGAUCGAAUCUCGAGCGAGGUAUAUCAGGUGGUCAAGCAAAACGAGUGAACAUUGGGAUUUCGCUCGUGACAAAACCGCGAAUUCUUUUCCUCGACGAACCGACAUCUGGGUUAGACUCUGAAACGUCCUGCGGCAUCGUGAAAGCGUGUCGCGAUCUCGCGGAUGGUGGCGUCAACGUCAUUGCCACCAUUCAUUCGCCAUCCGCGGCUGCGUUUCAGCUCUUCGAUAACUUGGUAAUGAUGAAAAGAGGCUCGGUGACCUAUGCCGGCGCUCUAUUUGGCGCAAACGGUGCCGAGGCGUAUUUUUACGACAUGGGAUUUUAUUGCGAACCGACGCUAAACUUUGCGGAUUUUUUGGUAUCGACCAACGCGACGGACGAGGAAGAUUUUGUCGCCAAGUUUAAGACAUCUAUGCACGCGAAACAUAAUCGCGAUUUGGUUCAAAGCUCAGUAAAUAAAGCGGUUUCGUUCAAGAAACCGACUUCUUCGUCAAAGGCAUCAAAAGGAGGAGGAGGACGGAAAACACUACCACCGUCAACAGCACCGUCGAGCGGAAAAGACGAAGAAAAAGAGGAAGAAGCAGAAGAGGAGGAGGAGGAGGAGGGGGAAUACAUCGAGGGCGUUCCGGAUCACAAACCGAUAAAUUCCUUCGACGCCGCGAAAACCCUUUUAAAGUACCGCGCCUGGUGCAACUACCGCGACAAAAAUUUUAUGGGAGCUCGCGUCGUCGGUCACGUCGUCUUCUCUAUCGUCAUGGCCUCCAUGUAUUGGAAGCAAGGCGAUGAAUCCGCUUACUCCACCAACGCCGCUCAAAACGUCGCCAACCUCCUUUUCAUGAACAACGUCCUCCCCGCUUUUGCGUCCGCGGCGUACAUGCCUUCCAUUCUCAUGGAACGCGGUCUUUUCUACCGCGAACUCGACGACGGGUGCUACACCGUCUGGUCCUACGGUUUGUACAAAACCAUAGAAGAAGUCCUCGUCGCCAUUCCAGUCGCCAUGCUUUCGCAACUCAUCGUCCACUACGGCUGUGGUCUCCAGGGCAACUUCUUCUACGACUGGAUGGUUUACUUUGCUGUCGGCCAAUGUGGCGCUGCUUUAGCCUACGUCGUCGCCUCGGCUUCCAAAAACAUCGACGUCGCCAACGCCGCCUUACCCGUCUACAACGUCCUCCAAAUUCUCUUCUCCGGUUUGCUCAUGCGAGAACAACAAAUCCCAAAAGGUUGGGAGUGGUGGCCACCAACCUUAUUCGUCCGAUACGGGUGGAAAGCGCAAAUGUUGAACCAUUUCAACGGCGUUUUCAAAAAAUCCUCCUCCUCAUCUUCCUCCUCCUCCUCCUCCUCCACCGGGGUCUUCUACGACGAAUUCGGCGUCAAAUCCUUAUCCGCCACUGAGUUUUACGACGCCGAAGGAACCGUCUCCUUAAAUCUCCUCAUCGUCGCCUUCAUUUACGCCUGGUGGAUGGUCUUCGCCGGUGCAGUCAUGAGUACCGUAAGGCAUCAGAACCGUUAG